CGGCGUCAUCAUCAUCAGCAGCAGCAGCAGAAGCAGCAGCAGAGUCUUCUCUUCAGGAAUGAACUGACUUUGUGGCUUCAUCUACACACUCAGUUUCUUCAGGAUUCCUCGUGCUCACACGGAUAAACCUUCACAAUCAGGGAUAUAUCGAUACAUUUGAAGUGUUUUCCUCUACUCAUCCUUCUUAUUAGCGCCUCAGCGGCUACACUGAAUAUUAGUCGCUGUUGCCCGGAUUUUUAUUGAGGCAAAUCCGCAGACAUUUUGUUAUUUAGAGCGUUUUUUUUUUCUUCUCGUCAGUGUUCUCGCAGCUGGCUGAAGAGAAGGAAACUGACAGUUUGUUUUUCUGAGGGGGGGAAGGAAGCACAAGAAGAAGUAAGAAACACACAGCGCUGCGUCAGCUCGCUUUCACCCCCACACUACAACACCGCUCUCUGCGAAUGUGUUUAUGUGUGACGUUAUUAAUUCACCCGCGUUUAGCUCGCGUCGCUGCCGCUGGUUCGUUGAGGCGGAAAGCUCGCAACAGCGAUGAAUCAUUUUUGACGGAGAGCUUUUGAAGAAUUAGCUAGCAGCAGCAGCAGCAGCAGCGAGGAGAAGCAGCAGCAGCAGCAGCAGCACUGAUGGUGGUUUCCUGUCCACACGCUCUGUAAACACGGGGGUCAGGACAGGGGAUAGCUAGCUGCCGUAAGCUAGUCAUCCGGCUAACAGUGGACAGAUCCUGUUAAAGGCUGGGCUCGCUGUGGACAAAGGACCAACGCCAGGGGAAAAUAUAAACACGGAGCAAACACACUAGUAAACCGUGUCUGUGAAGGAGAGCAACAAACCAGGACCUGACAUGAUGUUUCCACAAUCAAGACACUCAGCUUCAUCGCAGCAGCUGAAAUUUACGACCUCUGACUCGUGUGACAGGAUCAAGGAUGAGUUUCAGUUCCUCCAAGCACAAUACCACAGUUUGAAGCUUGAAUGUGACAAGUUGGCCAGUGAGAAGUCGGAGAUGCAGCGCCAUUAUAUCAUGUACUAUGAGAUGUCUUACGGGCUUAAUAUCGAGAUGCACAAACAGGCAGAGAUAGUGAAGAGAUUGAACGGGAUCUGCGCACAAAUCCUCCCCUACCUAUCUCAGGAGCACCAGCAGCAGGUACUGGCAGCCAUAGAGAGGGCCAAGCAGGUCACCCCUCCGGAGAUGAACUCCAUCAUAAGGCAGCAGCUUCAGGCUCACCAGCUGUCUCAGCUCCAGGGCCUGGCCCUGCCCAUGACCCCACUGCCUCUGGGCCUGAGCCAGCCAUCUCUCCCCGCUGUCACCACCUCCUCCGGUCUCUUCUCCCUCUCCUCCCUGCUGGCCUCCCAAGCCCAGCUGGCCAAGGAGGAGAAGGCGUCACGUGAUGGUGUGGACAGCCACCGCGAGGAGGACGGGGACAAGUCUGAUUAGCUGCUUUCCCAUUCAGCUCUGUUUUCACCCAGGGACCCGAAUCCCAAGAUUUGAGCCCCCUUGGCCUACAGUCACACUACUGGUCUCCAUCUACCUGACCGUAGUUAUCAUGGGCUUUCAUCCCAACACCAUUUUAACAUAUCUGUAUGUAUCUUUCAUGUCUCUCUCUCAUUAAGUCUGUGUCUUUUCUUCACACGCACUCUUUUGUGUAUGUGAUUAAACAGGACUUCUACUUUU